AUGCAUGAAAAGAAAAUAUUUGAAAAUGAAGUCUCACAACAAAUAGCAAUGAGUGCAAGCGUGUGCUACAAGUGUAACAGGACGGGGCACUUCGCCCGCGAGUGCACACAGGGCGGCGUUGGCGCCCGCGACUCCGGAUUCAACCGUCAACGCGAAAAGUGCUUCAAGUGCAAUCGCACUGGGCACUUUGCGCGCGAUUGCAAGGAGGAAGCUGACCGUUGCUACAGAUGUAACGGUACGGGGCACAUAGCGCGCGAGUGCGCGCAGAGCCCCGACGAGCCGUCGUGCUACACGUGCAACAAGACGGGGCACAUCGCGCGGAACUGCCCCGAGGGCGGGCGCGACAGCUCCAACCAGACGUGCUACAACUGCAACAAGGCCGGCCACAUCUCGCGCAACUGCCCCGACGGCACCAAGACGUGCUACGUGUGCGGCAAGCCCGGCCACAUCUCGCGCGACUGCGACGAGUCCGAGCGCAAC